AUGAAACUCCGGGGUUUAGAGAAAUCGGGUCUCUUCUACAGGUAUUCCCCGAGGCCGCAAGUGUCUUGCAGCACCCUCAACGUCAUUGGCUUCUUUGGGCACAAUGUCACUUUGCCCUGUAGGUAUGACACCCAAACUCACAGCAUCCUGAGUUUCUGUUGGGGAAGAGGGAUGGUACCCCGGUUCAAAUGUUCCGACAUCAUCGUCUCCUCACUGGAUGGGGCUCUGCUCUUCAGGGAGUCGCGUAGGUACCAGCUGCAGGGCAGGGUGACAGACGGAGAUGUGUCGCUGACCUUCCUGGUACCCAGUGGAGUAUGCAGGCUCGAGAUCCCAGGGUGGUUCAAUGACGAGAAGGUCAACACACACCUGGAAAUGGAGGAAGAAAUAUUGACAACAUCCUUGACUAAAAAUGUGGAAGUUGGUUCAUUUUCAAUGCAGUAAAAAUUCAAAGCCUUCUUUGAAGUGGGGAACAUUGGGAGGGCGGUAGCUAUUUUUUCCUUCGCAAUGAUCAUAAUCCUCAUCUUUGUUUUCCAUUCAAUAUUUCUGCCGAAGACACUUCAACAUCUCCACACCUCAACUGCUAAAAACAUCUAUGAAGUAUUAUAG